UGUGGUUCAUUCUGGGUCAGAACUACUGACAUUUCUCGGGGGCAGGUCCUGGCGCAGAACUUGGAAUGUGUGCGGUCGCCUGUAGGCCACCUUAGCAUUUAGUCGGAAUGUGGAAUUUUGGGUUGCCAUCCGUACUUUUUGGAAUUCAGGGCCAGGUGGGAAUAUGUGGCGGAGCUCAGACUUUCGGUAAUGAAAUAUAUAAUGUUGAAUUCAGUUCAGCAGAUGUUUCGUGAACGUCUACCCCGGAAAAGGCGAUAUGCCGCUUUACUGGGUAUGAGGACGGAGAACGUAGUAAUCACAAUUAUAAUGUGAAUGGUUUCCGAAUAUGUUCUUCGUGGACCGUGUUCCUUGGAAUAAAGAUAUAUGUGUAUUCAAGCAAAAGUAAACUGCUAUCUACUUCAAGAUGAAAUGUCUGAGGUUUUGUCAACCGUAGUAGGUGUACAUUUAUCCUGACCUUUUUUGUUAACCUAACAAAUAUCACAACAUAAAAUCUACUUAGCUUACUUGAAUGAAUGAAUCUUAAGUGGACUGUUUAGUGCUGUGGGGAAUCAGUUUUGUUUAGAAACAUGAACGGCGGUUGUUUAUCACGUUUCACAGAGAAAACCCGAAAACAUAGCCUGUGAUCCGUUCCCCACGCUUUCUUAUUUAUUUCUCAGUGCCGCAUCAGGUAGCAUGGAUGGGGUAAGUUUCGGAAGCCAUUCCAGAAUAUAACAGCACAGAAGAUGUGGCCUCAACCCUCUGGUUCCGACAUUGUCCCUAAUGUUUCCUUGUUGCCUUGGGGGAAGCUGGCCCACUGACCUUGGGCUUAACUAGGACACUUUAGAAGAACUCACCUGUGACUUGGCAAGUGCUUUCCACUGGUCUGGGUACGAUCACCCAGAUUAUUCACCUGAACCUUUACCCUUUUUACAGCUCCCUUCAUCUCUUCUGAAACAUUUUUGCCUUUUUUUUUUUUUUUAUGAUCUUUAAAUAUCUCCUGAAUUGAUGGGAAGUACAUGGCGCUGCCCCUUUCCCUUCUUUUAGUGGGAAGAUGGGCAGCCCUUAAACACGGCGUCUGCAGGACCCAGGGGCACACUCUUGGUGUCACCUAGCACCCUCCCCAUAGCACCUUGCAGGGAGUGGCAGAGAAAGGGUUUGGGUGCCACUGACCUGGGCUGCAGUCAUCCUGGGCUGUGCCAUGACCUGGGAGGGAAACUCAGCUGUACUGCAUGGAUUCCUACUCAUCUCAUGGUCCCGAGUGCUCCUUUAAAAAAAAAAAAAAAAAAUUAUCUAUCUAGUUGGUUGCACCGGGGCUUAGUUGCAGCAGGCGGGCUCCUUAGUGGCAACAUGUGAACUCUUAGUUGUGGCAUGCAUGCGGGAUCUAGUUCCCUGACCAGGGAUUGCACCCGGGCCCCCUGCACUGAGAGCACAGAGCCUUAACCAUUGUGCAACCAGGGAAGUCCCUGAGUGCUCCUUCAAUGGCCCUCUUCUUAGGGAACAGAAGGAAGCAUCUUCUUAAGCCUGUCUUGUUGGGUAACGUCACUCUGCAGAGAAAACUCUGGUAGUUUUCUCCAUUGUGGUCAGUUUUCAGGAAACUUUUGUGUUACUAACAUUAUCUUUUAUUUUGCUCAUAGAAGUGCCUGUGUGAUCUUAUUUAAAAGUCAUAACGUACUCCAGAAAAGGGAACUGUUACGCCCAUUUCUGAAUUUGUGGCAGUUACUGUUAUCGCUAGCUUAAAAAUACACAGUCAUGCGAAAUGGAUCGGUGCACACGCACAUACACACACAAAUAUACUGAAGUAUAAGGUCAAAUACCCCACGUUAUUUAUAAUCUCGAAUAACUAAUGAGUGUGUAUGCAUCUAUUUUGAUACUUAAUAAGGGUAGGUAGGUAAAUGACCAAGAGUUAAAAAGAUCACCUUUUGCUGUUUUCUGCUUGUUGCAUUUUAUGGGAAACGAAGAUUGUCUAUUUCAGUUCUCUGUCCUCAUCCCUGACCUCUUCCACUUUUGGAAAUGACACAUCUGUGGCGCCUGGGUAAUUUUGUAAAAUUAUUGCUUUUGCAAGGGAGAAAUUUAUAAUAUUAAUAUGUGUCAUAAAAAGGGGAAACUUUCUUGUAUGACUAGCUUGAUUGAAAGAGUUGUCCAGGUAGAGAGAGAGAGAAACAGCAGUGGGACAUGUUUUAAAGUGUAUUGAGAGUGAGAUUGUCAUUAAUAUUUUUAUGGUUAAUUUAUUAUGCUGCACAACACGUUGGUUUAGCUAGUAAGUAGGGAAGGCUUUUGGACUGAGGGCACAUUUUACCUUAAACCAACUUCAGAGUCAUCUUUGAUGAUUCAUACAGACAUUACGUUUUACUUUGUUGUGACGUUUGUUUUGGGUGACCGUUGGUCUCCUUAAUGUUUGAAGAAUAGACAGACUUAGAUAAAGUCAUUUAAGACUUCCAUUCUCCCUUUGCACACAGAGGACGUUUUAGAGGUGUUAGGUCUUUAGGGAAGAGUGUACAUUACUAGCUUUGUGACCUUGAACCCAUUAUAUAACCCCUUUGAGCCUUACUCCUCAUGUGGGGCUAAGGUGGGGAUGAUCUAUCUGUCACAGUUACUGUGAAUACAUGUAUAUUUUGUUUAAAGUAAAAUCCAAACUCUUUACCAUCGACCACAAGACUUCUGCCUGGUUCUUCAGCACACUUUGAACAACCCUCUCUCCACCUUAGCACAAAGGUGUGGUCUAGCCUUUCUGUUCCUCAACAUUCCAAGCUGCGUCUGGCUUCCUCCCCUUUGAAUUUUCCUAGACUGCUCUUCAGUGGUGCCCCCUGUGGUUGGUUCAUUCUCAGGGUCACCCUCUCAGAGAAGCCUUCUCUGACCACCCUUCCUUCCAGCUCCUUCAGUAAUCCCAUUUUAUCAAUUCGUCUGUUUCUGAUACAACGUUCAUUACUAAGUUCCUUGUGGAGGGCGUGGGCUGUGGUCUUCCUCCUUUGUCUCCCUCACACAUGGCAUGGAGCCUGGCCACUGAGUGGGGACAUGGUGUACAGAAAGCACUUGUAGCUUUUACACGUUUGUCUGCCUGUUAAAGGCAGAGAUGUGCUGGCUGGAUCUUAGACAUCCGUUGGGCUUUUUGUGUUUUUUAUUUAUCCCUGGCUGAGUUGAUCUUCUCAACUGAAUAAAUCAUAGCACUGAUAAGGCCAACGUUCUUGACACUACAUGGCCCCAAAUCCCCACACAGGGAGAACUACAUCUUCUUGUAGAACCGCGAUGUGUGUCUGAGUUCACUGACAUGCCCCACCGGCUGGUCGUGAAGAUGCACAGGCCUCUUGUCGCUUCUGGAAGCACAGUUAACUGCAGUGUGAGGAGAGUAACGGCCCCAGAGCACAUUUCCCUUGAUGCGGCCUUACUGAGCUUAGCAAGGUAAAGCUUCAGUUGUCUGGAACCUCGGGCAUCCUCAGAAUUAAGCAGGAAGGAAGAACUCGUUAGGAAUUAGACAAGCCAGAGACCUGGGUGACUGACUGCAGCUGGUGAAGGCAGUCUCUCAUAGGGUUGCAGAUCGAAGUUUGAAUUUCAACACUGUGAUUUUAUAGGGGCAUCACACUUGGAGACUAUGUUUGGGGAGCGGUGGCUAUCCCAUUGUCCUUGGGAGCCGACUCUUGAGUAGUAGAGAAGAAGGAAAGAAGAAAACACCCAUCUCUCUGAAGGCCUGGGAGACGAAGUUUCCUGAGCAUCAGUAAACCCUGCAAGCGUCACUAUGCCGUCCUGAAAUCUUCCAACAGAAAAUGGCUCCAAAGGGUAAAUGAAGCGGGAAAAAUACAUAGAUGCAGCAUUGCGUGCAGCCUCUCCAGAUGUUCGAGGAUAAUAUUCCAGAGAGAAGUUGAUUCCCUUGGAUUAGGUAACUAGUCAGAAUGAAGAAGAUUAGUCUUAAAACCUUCCGGAAAUCUUUCAACUUGAAUAAAAGUAAAGAAGAAGCGGAUUUUAUGGUUGUACAACAACCGUCACUAGCCAGUGACUUUGGAAAAGAGGAUUCCUUAUUUGGUAGCUGCUAUGGGAAAGAUAUAGCCAGCUGUGAUCUCAACAGUGAAGAUGAAAAAGGCGGAAAGAGUAGAUCAAAAAGUGAAAGCCUAAUGGGUACGUUGAAAAGACGGCUGUCUGCGAAACAGAAGCCGAAGGGCAAGGGCGGCGCGCCCUCCGGGGGCUCCGCGGACGAGGACACCUUCUCCUCCUCCUCGGCCCCCAUCGUCUUCAAGGACGUGAGGGCGCAGAGGCCCAUGAGGUCCACCUCGCUGCGCAGCCACCACUACAGCCCCACGCCGUGGCCCCUGCGCCCCACCGCGUCGGAGGAGACGUGCAUCAAGAUGGAGGUGAGGGUCAAGGCCCUGGUCCACUCGCCUGGCCCGGGCCCGGCCCUGAACGGCGUGCGCAAGGACUUCCACGACCUCCAGGCCGACACCGCGUGCCAAGAACAGACGAACUCGCUCAAGAGUUCUGAGUCUCAGGAUGGGGACCUGCAUCUCCACCUGGAAGAACAUGUGCCUGUCGUUAUCGGACUCGUGCCUCAGGACUACAUUCAGUACACUGUGCCUUUGGAGGAGGGGAUGUACCCUCUGGAAGGACCGCGCGGCUAUUGUCUGGACGGCUCCUCCCCCAUGGAAGUCUCCGCGGUCCCUCCUCCAGUGGGAGGGGGCUCCUUCCCCGAAGACGAGAAUCAGGUAGACCCGGACCUCGUGGUGGCCCCAGAGAUCUUCGUGGACCAGUCGGUGAACGGCUUGCUGAUCGGCACCACGGGAGUCGUGCUGCAGAGCCCGAGGGCGAGUCCCGACGACGCCCCGCCACUCUCACCAUUGCUACCUCCCCUGCAGACGAAUCAGAUCCAAAGGAACUUCGGCGGGCUCGCCGGCUCCGACGCCCACGUGGCCGAAAGUAUGCGCUGUCACUUGAAUUUCGAUCCUAACUCUGCCCCCGGGGUUGCCAGAGUUUAUGACUCAGUGCAGAGUAGUGGUCCCAUGGUCGUGACAAGCCUUACGGAGGAGCUGAAGAAACUUGCGAAACAGGGAUGGUACUGGGGCCCCAUCACUCGCUGGGAGGCAGAAGGGAAGCUGGCCAAUGUGCCGGAUGGCUCUUUCCUCGUUCGGGACAGUUCUGACGACCGCUACCUUUUAAGCUUGAGCUUCCGCUCGCACGGCAAGACCCUUCACACUAGAAUCGAACAUUCAAAUGGUAGGUUUAGCUUUUAUGAACAGCCGGACGUGGAAGGACACACGUCUAUCGUGGACCUGAUCGAGCACUCAGUCAGGGACUCCGAGAACGGGGCCUUCUGUUACUCCCGGUCUCGCCUGCCGGGCUCGGCCACCUACCCCGUCAGGCUGACCAACCCCGUGUCGCGCUUCAUGCAGGUGCGCUCCCUGCAGUACCUGUGCCGGUUCGUCAUCCGUCAGUACACCAGAAUAGACCUGAUUCAGAAGCUGCCUCUGCCAAACAAAAUGAAGGAUUAUUUACAGGAGAAGCACUACUGAGAGGCUCUGAGAACCCUGCGUCUUGCACUUGGGGAGGAAGGAAAAGAGAUUGGAAUACAGUUUACAGACUUUCCAUUGCUAUCAAAAUCUUUUGCUGCCAUACUGUUUCAGUUUUAUGUGUAAAAGAGUAACCAGUUCGUUUAGGGGUGGGCAAGUGUCGGCAAGGUGUCUUGGGUUUACUUUGGUUCUUUAAAAAGGGAAGUCUUGAGCUUUUAGAAGAGUGAACUAUCUUCCAUCAGUGUGCAGAAUAAUCACAAUGUGAAUUAAUCAGAUUCUCCUUACCCACCCCGCCCCCAGUCCUUUGCUGCUAUCCACUGUGAUUUUUAUGCAUUAAAAGCACAUUUCAUGUGUAUUCAAUCCUAAGUAAAGUUAAAUGAAACUUAUAGAAUGAACAUUGUUAUGUCUCUUUCAAUGGCCCGUUUUCAAAGAUAGUGUUGAGUAAACAUAGCCGUGUGAUAAGUCACAGAGGUCACACCUACACUGAAAAUGAUUUUUAAUUUCAUACUUCAGAAGGAUUUAUUUAGAAUUAUGAACUGACAUAAUCUUGGGUAAUGGAACAGAGAUCUGCUACAUAUCUUUUACAACAUUCAGUUCUAAAUUAUUUUAAGGUUGUGCUGUUAUGUUGGUUGUGAGAAGUUGGACUUUUCUGUUGCCUUCAUUUUCAUCUUGUGGUUUGUCUGUUUUAAUAAAUGGCCUUACAGAAUUGUAAAGAAAUGUAUACCACCAAUUUAGAAAUUGUUGCCUUUUCUGUCAUUAAACUCUGGUACAAAUUGGCAUAACAUAUAAAGACCUAAUGGAACUAGAACUAUUAAAGAAAUACUAGAUGAUCAUAGUUUCCGGUGUUAAGCAGUUUUAUUGUUAUCUGUACUUUCCUUUGGUAAAAUGUUUUAUCUGUGAUUUCUUUAGCUUAGUCAACAUUUUCUUGGGUGAACUUGAUGUAGAAAUGAUUUUCAUAAAUGGACUAGAUCCUCUUGCAACAUAAAGUUUAUAUAAAGUUUUAAAUUGAUUUGAAUAGAAAGAAAACACUGUUUUAAAGUUGGGUUUAUAUUUUUCUUUUAUGCAGUCACUAUUGAGAUGUGCUAGAUUUGACCCUUCCUUCCCCCCCACCAAAAAAACAAAAACAAAAAACCAAAAAAACCCAGUGACUUGAGUUGACAAACUGUGGAGAUUGUGGAGCACCAUGUAAGAACAAUAUUAAAACCCAAUCAGGUGUAUGGAAGUGUUUGCCUACCGUAUAUACUGACCUUUAAAAAUAGGUUUUCUAUUUGUUUCUUUUUAAGUCCUUAGUAAAUUGACAUCAUUAGUCUUUUCAUCUCCUCUGAGUCAGUCCUUUGGGCGGGGGUGGAGUAUGUUACCUCCAAUACUUUUUAUUUUGAAAUGCAGUGUUUAUUUACUGCAUGAUUCUUUAGUGUUUCAGAAUUGCUCCAUCCAGAAGAUGUUUCUAGCUACAUAACUUUAAAGGAAAUGUUUCCCUCUCAGACGAAGCAUGUAAUUUAAGAUAUUUCUUCCUUUGUCCCUCGGUUUUCCUAUCUCUUACCCCCAUUUAAAAACAAGAGUAAAGGUCUCAGAUCAAAUGUAAUAGCGUUGUCAUUCAGACGUAAACAGUAUCCCCAUUUUUUUCUCUCUUUGUUUUUUAGAGUCAACUGAGAAUUACCAAGAAAAGGCACAAUGCCAUAGUAUCUGUUAUGAUAUUUUGACUUAAAGGGGAAAAGGUACUUAAUUUUGGUGGAAUGUUUGAUUGUACCUUGUGACAAAGACUCCUCUUUCAUUUUCUGAUAUGUUUUCACCUAAUAAGAUGGAAUAUGGAGUAUACUGUAAUAAUAUAAUUUAAGUGUUCAUUGUAAGCUAUUUGGAUUAAGAACUAUUACAGAGUUGUAAACUUAUCAAAUUAAUGCAAGACAUUUAAACUAUUUUUUUGCAAAACUAUUUAUUUUUAAACAAUUUAAAAUAUAUCUAGGGUGAGUUAAAAGUCCCUGUGCAUCUAUAUUAGAUGGCAGGUAUUGUCACAGAGUCACUGUGUAUUAAUAAUAAAUGUUGAGAUGGCUUCUCCAUGUUUCUAGAAGCAUUUACAUGUACUCUUUGUGAGAUCAUGGUGCACAGAGGUCUUUGGACUGCCCUGAACCCCAUCUUAAUGUGGGCGUAGCCUGUUCCCCACGCCUUCCUCAUGAUACCAUGUGUUUAAGAUCUAGCCAUUUGGUUUCAAGUUAAGAUCAUUCUGAUUUCCAUAUAAAUGGUUUUAAAAUUGUAUUUUGUGUUUUUAUGGAGGGCAAGUCUUGAUACUGUUCUAAUUCAGAAAGCCAAUCUUUAAUGUGCUUUUUUAUGUUCAUAAUAUAAAAUACUUUUAAGUAAAAUGCCCUAUUCUAAUCCAAUUUCAAAUUGCUAGGGUCUGAUAGUGUAUCAGUAAAAAUAAAAAUAUUUGCCAAGAAGUUA